AUGGCGACCAUGACAUAUAGACAACUGUGCUUGGAGCUAUUUUUACUAGUUUUCGUCGUCUGUAUAAUACAACCUGGCAAUUUUGAGACUCUUCCAGAGUUAAGUGUUGUGCAGACAUGGGCAGAGAAGUUGGAUAAGGAGUUGGAAAAACUUGCAGAGGAUUACACAGGCAGCAGUGCGCUGACGACGGGUUACCAAAAGUUUUAUGAUGAUCGAAUCAUGAAGUUUGGCCAUGUAAACAGUAUGACCCUGGUAACUGAAAUGGCUGAGAAACUGACGACAAUGUUGGGAGGAAAAAUGGAGGCUCUUCGAAGGUCGGUGGUACUAGCGGAGAAGGCUGCUGCUAACCAUACCUGGGACUCCAGCCUAAAGCUGGGUAACGUGGAUUACUGGAACUCUAAAGAGCCUGGUCAGCUUCAGGACCACCUUGAGUACAGUGAAAGGUUUCAGCAGGAGAUCAAUGCCACUCGUUCUAGCGUUCACAUACCUGUGGAGAUAUAUGAAGGGGACAUCCAUAUCCUUAAUGGUUUGAUGUGGUCAGACCAGCUGGACACGGUAUUUGAGGAGAAUUAUCAGCGUGAUGAUGACAUCUUGUGGCAGUACUUUGGCAGUCAGACUGGCUUUAUGAGAACUUUCCCAGGGAGUUUGUGGAGUACUCCUGAUGAUGAAGUAGACUUGUAUGAUGUCAGACGAAGACCUUGGUAUACACAGGGCUCUAGUUCUCCAAAGGACAUGCUUAUCCUCAUUGACAGGAGUGGAAGUGUACAUGGUAAAACCCUACAGCUGGUCAAGGUCGCAGUGAAGUCCAUCCUGGAUACGCUCGGCGAGAACGACUUUGUUCAGAUCAUUAUGUUCUCAACUGAAGCUGACUAUGUGAGCUGUUUUAAAACAUUUGUUCAAGCUAAUUAUAGGAACAAGAAGCUCUUGGGAAAAGCAGUUGAUAAUUUAACAGCCAAGGGCAUGGCCAAUUUCAAAGUUGGCCUCAACUUUGCAUUUGAACAGUUUGAAAAGUUCGAGGCAAAAUUUCAAGACAGAAACAGAUCUUCAGCAGGAGAGGGUGCAGACUGCAACAAGAUGAUUAUGUUGUUGACUGAUGGAGGCACAGAUAUGGCCGAGGAAGUGUUCAAGGAGCGUAACUGGGGUCGCGAUCGCAUGAUUCGAGUUUUCACUUAUGCUGUUGGACAAACUGCCAACUCCGUAAAAGACAUCAAGUGGAUGUCAUGUGCUAACCGAGGUCGUUUCUCAGAGAUUCCAGCCAUGGGAGCCAUCCGAGCUAAAGUACAGGAAUAUAUGCCACUACUUGUGGAGACAAAAGGGAGCUUAAAUAUUUCGGAUACACAGUGGCGUUUAAACAAUGAUCCAAGGGGGCUGGGCAUGAUGACCACUGUAACACUGCCUGUGUAUAAUCGCACUGUAGGAGCGUCUAACCAGACAAUCCUUGGAGUCAUGGGUAUUGAUGUAACUACAGCACAAAUGGAGAGGUUCUCCCCAGUCUGGAAGCUUGGUCCUAAUGGCUACACCUUUGCUAUCAACACCAAUGGCUAUGUGAUAUUUCAUCCCCUCCUAAAGAUCAAUCAUUACCUUAAAGAUCCUCCAAAUAUGGAUUUCCUGGACUUAGAGGUGGAGAAUGACAUGACCAUCAAGCUACGUAAAGAUAUGAUAGACCAUAACAUUGAUUCCAUGAUGAUCAAGACCUAUGUUAAAUCACCAGAUGAGAGACAUGUAGAUGUGGAGAAGAGGAACUAUUCCUACACUGUAAUCAAUGGUACCAACUUCAGCUUGGGAGUCAGUCUGCCUCUGUACCAGAAGAGAUAUCCACAGAUAGAGGGAAAUGCUUGUUAUAUAACUGAUAUGAACUUCUCACAAUCUGAAGUCCUGGUUGCUCCAUGGGAUUACUAUGAGGGACAAUCUAAUGGCAACAUGACAGGCUUUUUAGCUGACAUUCAUAAAGUCCUCCAGCUCAAACAGAAGUGUGAAAACCUCAAAUUUGCACCUGGCCUGAAUGUUGACGUGGAUAAGGUAAAACAUUUACAUUGGGACAUGCAGAUGGCCAAGUUGUUUGAAAACUACUGGACAGACAUGGCAGCAGCAGGUCAUCCUAUUGGCACCAACAAAAGCACAACCAAUAAUGACACAUCUGUCAAUGCUACCAAUGUACAAGUGGUGGCACAAUUCAUGGGAACCGCCGGCGGAUUAACCACAAUCAUUCCAAAAAGUGAGGCUGGAUUAUUGGAGAAAGACCGAGACACUUGGAAGGCUAUCUACUACAGACGAUCCCUAGACACAUCAAAGUCUGUUUUUAGCACAGACUACACACUGGGCAAGAGGAGUGUCAACGACAGUGUCCCACAUAUCCGCAUCACCAGGGCCAUCAGCAUGGAUCUAGGCGGUGAUGUAUAUAAACCAGCAGUGGUUGGCCUGUUUAUCUCCCAUGAAACCUUGUUGGAGGAGAUUCUUAGAACUAUUGACAAGUACACAGCCCCUGGAACUUUGAACUGUGGUGAUGAUGCAGAAUUAUUAUGUUAUUUACUGGAUGAUGGCGCUUUCCUUAUUGCAACAAAUCAAGCCGAUAAACUAACAGAGAUUGGUAGAUUCUUUGGUCAUAUCGAUGCUGGGUUGAUGAGUGCUUUAUAUAAUACAACUUAUCAAAGACUUGAGCAGUACGAUUACCAAGCAACAUGUUCAAAGAGUGAAGAUGAAAGUAAUAGUGCUGCUUCUCUCUCGUUUAGAAUUCCGUCCAUUAACCUUUUGUUCGACUUCUUGACUGUCAACUGGUUCAGCAGCUUCUGGACAUGGUCCGCGUUCAACUUUAAUCUGUUCAGCUGGCUGUCCCCACAGACGGAUGCAGCUUAUGUGGAGAUUCCAGAGGACAUGACGACUAACACAGAAGAAACCGACCACUGUAUAAAGAAACAGGCACAAUACUAUUUCAGUGACAAGCUUGGCACAGGUCCCUUCAAAGAUACCAUUUACCCAUGUGACAAGAACUGUACAAGGGAUUUCUAUGCUGUGCGUUUCGCAAAGACCAACCUUCUGUUGUUGGUAGCUACUCCAGAAUGUCCAGACUGUAUGUUAACAGCUGCUGGUGAAGGCCUUAUUCAAGAACCACGCAAAGAUGAAGGUCCUGACUACUGUAAUCUGACACCUCGUUAUAGAAACAACCCUGAGAAAUGUUACGACUUCGAUGAAAAGGAGGAUACAAGCAAGUGUAGUGGACCGUACUCCCGCCCAGUGUCUACAGCGGUCAUCACCUUAGCAACAAUAGCAUCGCUACUGUCCGCAGUUCUGCUAACAGACAGAUAAUGGAAACAGAUACUAUGUGUAUUGUAUUGAAGGACUCUAGAGGAAAUUUCCUAAAGACACUGAUGUGGAUACCAAGACAUGUUGAGGAUGUGUGAUAUAGGAGUCCAGAUGGACUCUUUACAACAGCAUCCCGAAUAACUUCUUUGGUGUUAUACUGAUUUCUUGUCCACAAAUUAAAAUCAAGAAAUAUACAUCGAGAUUGUGACAUAUUAACGCUACACAGUGUGAAUGUCAUUCUAAUUUAUGUCCAAGUUCCUCACAACACAGAGGUUAAAUGAUGAAACACUGCCUGAAUGUCAUUGUAGAUCUCCAGGGAAUGCAUUGUACCAGGUAUUAUUGUGUACUGACAUAUACAGUAAGUCUGAAGGAAUUUGUUUGUGCCGGAACAAUCAUUUAUGAAACCCUAUAUACUGGAGAAACCUUGUGUGAACAGGAGAAAUAUUUGUGUGAGUUAUGUGAGUGAGGAACAGACUCUGUGAUAGAGCUGACAGUUAGACACCUAUCAUUCCGAUGAACCUCAUACAAGUUUCUGUAAAGCCAAAGAUGUAUGGUAUUGAAGUCAUGCAGAUGUCAUAUUUUCCCCAUACACCAGCACAUCAUUCCAAAAUUUCAUACUUUAUUCUGAGGAAAUAUAUUAUAAUAUCCUACACUCAGUUGUGUAUAGUUGGCAAUAUUCCCGGCAGAUAAAUCUCACUUUGUGUUCAUUAAAGUUUUUACAGUGAAUCAGAAUCUCACAAGGAAGUGUUAUCUGUCGGUGUACAAAAAUACCAACUGAUGUGUCAAAUUGAAUCCUCAUGAAGUAGCCCAAACCAAGACAAUUGCAAAACACUAGCCCCGGGACAACUGCGAAACAUUAGCCCCAGGCAACUGCAAAAUAUUAGUCUUUUGAAAUUAAGCAUCUUUACAGUAGGUAAUUGGUACCUGAUUAUUCUGACCAUGCACUGACAUUAUUCACGACAAUUAACAUCCAUAGGAAUGUCUUCUGUACUGCUUAACUCUUAAACUGACAUCUGAAAUGAUGACACAUCUAACAGUGAACAUCGAGAGCUAGUAGUAACCUAGCACUGCAAAAUUAUGAUCUAUUAAGCAUAACAGCUGGCAGUUGUAAAUUUUAUUUUGAGUUUAAAAAGUGACGUCUAGCUGUUAUUGUGGCAAAGAUCUAUAACAAUACACAAGGUAAAACAAAUGUUUGUAUACCUAAUGACAGAUAGUGUAUGGUACUUCACUCGGGAUGAAUCCUGUUUACAGCCAUAAAUCUGUAUUGUUAAGGUCAAGGUUGGCUGAGCUUGGAGGUACCAGGGCACUAAGAUAGGUAUGUAAGGAUUCUGUAAGACUGUAAUGAUAUUUUACAUAAUUUUUACUUGCUUCACCGCUACAGGAAAGCAAUCACAGAAAAAUCUGUUCAUAAGUGCAUGUUUUGCUGUGUUUAGUAUUGUUAUUGCCCAUUAAAACCCAUUGAGAACAAGAUAAAUGAUGACCCUGGCAACACACCAGACAAUAUUUGUUUCAGUUGAGUUGUGUAUUUAUAAAAAUUGUUUUGUGUGUGAUUGUUAUGUGUUAAUUCAAUAGUUUUAAGAGAUUAUUAUAUGGAGCAGUUUACAUCUGUCAGGGUUUAAAAGUGUGUUAUAUUAUCAUGAGGCUUUCAGUGUGUGAAGUUAUUUAUUAUUAUUGAAAUAUUUAUGUAUGAAAGAAAGGUGAAAAUCUACCUUGUACUUAUUAUCAUGUUUGUAAUUGUUUGACUAAUAUAUACAGCUGUUAUAUAAUACGCUCUGGAUAUACGGGGUUAUUUCUAACACAGGAUUAUCUAAAACAUGUACCUGUGAUCUUAGUGAAGUUUAAAGAUGAAACAAGUCAUUGGUUGAUUUUUCUUACACAGGAUUAUCAAAAACAUGUACCUGUGAUCUUAGUGAAGUUUAAAGGUGAAAAAAGUCAUUGGUUGAUUUUUUGGUGUGGUUCUGUUAUUUAUAGUGAACUCCAAUAAGGCCAUGAUAUGUUACAGUGUGUCCAUUGUUUAAAGUGAGCUCCUAUAGUGUAUCUGUUGUUUAUAGUGAACUCCCACUUAGACUGAAUUACCUGCCUUUGUUACAAUGUUUCUCCCUUAGACUAUGCUCAUUGAAACUUAGACAGGUCAGGGCUGCCAUCUUGGUCAAAAUUUUGACCAAAACGACACUGAUUGGUGAAUUCAGUCAUCAAAUCAUUGAUGGGAUUUGAGUCUUGGAAAUCUUCUUGUUCACAAUGACAAUCUGUGGUGAAAAUGCUUACUUGCCUACAUUGUAGUAAUAUUGGAAUGCAGACAUUUGAAUAUUUCUGAGAAAAUCACAAAAAUUGCCAUCUUGGAAAGGAAUACCCAAGAGUACGUAUAAAUAUUAGCCAGUCAGAAUGACAGGAUUGAUAUGUCUGACCUGUGCAAAAGCAAAGUCUAGCGUAGAAUAGACAAACUAUGGCGGCAAAUCCAGUCUAGCUCCCACAAGGCCCAAACAUGUUACAGUGUGUCCAUUGUUCAUGGUGAACUCUCGCAAUGUGUCCAUUAAUAAUUGUGAGCUCCCACAAGGUCGGAAUAUAUGACAGUGUGUCCAUUGUUUAUAGUGAGCUGCUUACAAGGCGUAAAUACAUUUCUCUAAAUGUAAAACCUUUUUCCUGGAGUUUUUUAAUAUUUAGUAGUCUGAUUAAAACAAAAUGUACAUUUUAACAAGUAGAGGUGAGUAAAGAUCCGGAUUUGAUUAGAUUGAAGCCUUUUAAUCUUGUAAAUUAAGUUACAUUUCAUAUCUAACAUACACGGGAAUAGACAAAUUGAUUAUGGCAAAGUCAUUCUAUUAACAGUAUGGAAAUACUUUAAAAGUAAUCAUGUAUGCACUAAAUUCUCCAAGGGAAAAAAUGAUCAUAUUUUUUAUCAAGUUCACACAGUUGUUUUCUAAUUAUAAUUGAUUUUUUGUUUGUUUUAAUGUUGAAGUUUUAAAGCUGAAUUAAAACAGCUCAGAUGUAGAUUUCAAGGUUGUACAUAAUUAUCAGGCUUUAAAUUACUAUAGCAUUACACAAAUUUCAUCUUGAAGCUAGUAAUUAUUUGUUGAAUUAUUUGAAACCAUGCAUAUGUGAGUACCAUAUUGAUUUUCAUUUUGCCAUCCUUACACAUCUUUUCUGAGGUACAAGUAUGGGAUUUCCUACAGGCCAAGGAAAUAGAAAGAGGAUAUGUUGACAAAGGUAAUAGUAAGACUCCUAAACCAUGUGUUAUUUCAUCACAUGAUUUAUAGUUGUUUUACAAUGACCAUGCUUCCCCUGCUGGAAGUAAAUUACUUUGUUUUUAAUUUGUUUCCAUGCAUGUUACUAAUUCCAUCAGAGGAGAUUGUGGUAUCCUAUUUAAUAUGGUGUCUGUGUUGUCAUACAACAACUGGGGUAUUAACAUAAACGUUACGGCAGGUGGGGCAUCCUUGUCUGCUUAAGAUUGGUUUUUUUCCCCAUAAUUUUCUUUGUCUUUUUCCAUUGUUGCCAGGACCAAUAACCUAUCCCAUCAUAUAUCAGUCAAGAUAGUGUUUAUGUUUGGAAACAUUAAAUGAUAUUUAAUGUGUUAUUAUAUAAUUGUUAUGAUGUUCAUUUUGGAUUUUUUGUUGCCACGACUGUAUAACAUUACACUCACUUUGUACUAGGUUUUGGUGCUAUCUGAUUUCUCUGAUUUCCAUUUUUAAUCUUAGUACCCAUAGCUCUUUACAAUAUUUCACAUCUUAACUUACUUAAAUAUAUUUGGAAAAAAUCAUUGAUGAUAGGGGUUGGAAUUUUUUUUUUUUAAUAUUUUGAGAAUAUUAAGAGUGAAUGACUUUUUCAGUCUUAUUUUUCUAUCUUUUCAAAGUAAAGUUUGUAACUAUUUUUAAAUAUUUGAAUUUUUGUAUUUUCCUAUAAAAUCCAUCUAUAUUGUUUUAUUUAAGAUAAUACCAAAUGUUUGUAUGAAGGUAGAAAUAUUGACUUGGCUACUUUCAAAUGACACAUGUAGGACUAUUGGAGCUGUGAAAUAAAAUACAAACUAUAUUUAUUUUACAACAAUUGGGAAACAAGCUUAUAUUAGUCACUCUUGCUGGCCGGGAUGAAAGCUUCACGAAGGGAUUUUACUGUGUGAGGAAACCGAAAUACCCAGGAAAACCCACAUGUGAAAUAGGAAUGGAUGUUUGAUAUCUGCUGGAAAUCAACUGUUGUAGAUUCGACACAGAUAUCACAUUUGAUACCAAAGUAUAUAUGUAUUUAACCGGGAGUAAAACUUCCCUUAAUGUCAUAACUUUGAUCUUUUAACUUCAUUUUUGAUACAUAUUGUGAUUUUCUGUAGAUUGAACCUUGUGUUUUAGAUCAUAUUUUGUUUUUUUGAUUGAAUACACUUUAGUACAAAACACCAAAGUCUGUCCUGAUUCAAUGAUCUCCAACUUCUUUGUCAAAAAACACAAAUAUUACAAGUUUUAUUAAUCACAUUCUUUCAGCUGAUGUAAGAGUUGCUAUAAGAUAGACUUGGGGUCUUUAGCAGACAAACCAGUUAAUCAGCAUUUCAAAAGUAAUGUUUAGGCAUAAAUCAGGACGGACCUGCAAAUAUUGAUACAGGCCUGAAAAGGCUUAGUUUAUCAAAAACAAAAUAAGAUCAUCCUUAUUUCACAAACAAGCAACCUGUGUCCAACUUGUCCAACUUUUAACAGCCCUACUCUCAUUCUGUUUCACUGGAGCUGCAUUAACUUUGUAAAACAGCUAGGCUAGAAGGAUUAGACUGUCCAACACGAUGGUCUAAGAUUAAUUUUUUGAUAAAAUAGUCUAAAAUAUAUUAAAACAUGUUCUACUGUCUGUAGGGCAUAAGUUUUCACAAAACAGAUGGUUUAGCUAUGGUAACUGAGAACUCCUAUAUGUUAACUAAAAACUGAAUGAUUUUGUUAAAUUGCUUUUAUCAUAGACUUUGCUGUGUAAGGAUUGUUUCUACAGGAAAAGUAUUCAAAUUAUAGGACAGUGUUUUCCCUACACAAAGCAAUUCAUUGUAUAUAAGGAAUGGAAGUAAACACAAAUAAAUAACUGGAGUAAGGCAUGAAAAAUCUUUCAAAAAACACAGAAUUUGAAAAAGAGUUGAAAAUUUGUUAAUGUUAGGUUUCAGAGAAGCUCGGUAAGCUGGUCUAUGCAAUUGUAAAUUUGUCAAUAACAUCUGUGGGAAUUUAUAACCAUGUGCCAUUCUAUGUGACUACAAUCAGCAGUGUAUACUCCAAAGACAGCCAUCAUGUCCUUUUUCUCAUUAAUUACUAUUUCUCCAUUUUAUUUUAUGUAUGUAGAAGUUAUGAGUGAGCAUGUGAUACUGUUUGUGAAGUAAUUAAUUUUUGUGUUAUUGCCGUGGUAACCAUUGAUUUAGUGAUGGUAGCUAUAGGUGACUUGAGUGUAAUUUACAUUCCCGUAUCUGUGUGUCUAUCCUCACCAUGUUGUGUCAACCUCACAUAAUAUUGAUACAAAGAUUUAUCCUUUAAGUUAACAUGGACAGGAAGAGCACGCCUGUUAAUAGUUCUGUGAUGUUCAUAUUUCUUGAUUGCUUCACUUUAAAUAAGAAUAGUUUAGUUUUAGUUCAAAUAUAUUCUAUUGUCAUGAAAACGACAUGGGGGUCAGCGGUAAUUUAUCUCAACUAUAAUGCCUCUCCCAACAUAAAGAAUAUAGAUACCUCGUUAAAUAAAUGACUAGAAUUUCUUCACUUUGUUUAGAUUUUUAAUUAAUUAUGUUCGGUUCCAGUAUCAAAAUUAAGAAAUCAAGUAAUAGAAUGAACACGAAAAAUAUUGCAAAACAAAUACAUCUUUAAUGACAGUUAGGUUUUACUCCAUCAGAAUAAGCAUGCUGACUGAAAUUACAUCAGUGGUAUUGGAGCUGUAUUUCAGUUCAUGUUAAAUGUCUAAAUUUUUACUCUUACUGUAAAUACAUACAAUUCUAUUGUGAUAUUUAUUUUUAAAACUAUCUGAAGAUUUCUGUUUCAUUGAAUGACAUUUAUAUGUGAUAAAUAUGUACUUUAAAAAUUAAUGCAUAAUAUAGGAUGUGAAUAUAUAUAUGUGCAUUUAUAUCUACUUAUAUAAUUAUGUAAUUACUGUAAGUAUACGUGAUGGUUCAAAAGUAUUUUGUUACAUAAAGUUCGGAUGAUUAAACAGUUUGUAUAAAGUAAACAUUUAUUCAAGAAUUCUAUUAACAUGUUAAUACAUUGCUUUAAAAUCAAAAUUUGCUUUGUUUUUUGCCCGACAGUGUGUUGAUUGUUAGAAAGUCCUUCAAUGUUAUUUGAUGUCCAUUUCACUAGAGUAAGAUCAUGUGAUGCGAGCUUGAAAGAUUUUAGAAUAUUAAGGAAGGUUUUAUAUACAAAAGUAGAUGUAUAAACUUUUUUUAAAAGCUUUUAGCUAUCAUUUUUUUUCUUGAGGACCCCUUUAGUGUCUGUAGAUUUUACUAACAUUAUUUUGUAGAAUGGGCAGUCAAUGUUAUUUUGACAUCAGUUGUUGCUGCUAGGAAAACAAAUGUUCCUGUUGCAAUUUCAGAAAGAAAAAAAACUGAAUAAGAAUUAUGCUGUUCUUUGUUUUCAGAUACUCCCAUGGUUAAAAUCAGACGUUCUCAUCUUUGCUGGUUACAAGUUAACAAAACCAGACAAUUACAAGGUUGGCAGCCUUUUUCUUGAAGCGUGACAACAGAGAAUAUUCUUGUCUAAAGCAGCAUUUUCUGUUUUCAAAUAUUAAUAUUUCCAAGGCCCACAUUGUAUAAAAACAAACACCUUAGUACAUACACAGUGCAGUCCAGCUUGUCAGAAGACAUUUAUCUCAGGUCUUUGUGUAAAAGACUGCAAGGUUUUCAGUGAGUUAAUAUUUAACAUCGGACUAGAAACUUCCUGGAAAAAGACUGCCAAUUGUGUCAUGAUUGAAAUAUUUAAAAGCUUUUAUUAAUCCAGUUAGUUGAAACAUUUGUCCUAAUUAAUAAUGUGUUAACCUAGGUACUAAUAAGGGUGUUUUUUGUUGCCCAUGACAACAUUUGUACCAUGCAGGCUUUUUGAUUUGCAGUCUAGUCAUUAUACUGAUGGAAUGUUGAGUUGUAAGUGAUGGUGAUGGUUUUGUUACCCUAAUCUGGAAUAAAGACAAAUUACACUAGUA